AUGGUGACUCAUCUCUACCUUGGUGUGACAAUCUUGGCUGUUUUUGCAACAACUGUUGCUAAUGCAGAUAUCAAAGUAGUCUGUGGAAAAGACUCAAUAAAAAUCACAUGGAGGAUCAAUGCAGAGUUGGUGCCUUACGCGUCUCGUCUCUUCCUCGGAAGCUGCAUGCCGUCUAAGUUAAAUGUUCUGCCUACUGGAGAGGGGGAAGCACUGUUCAACUACAAGUUUGCUGACUGCAAAUUUAAAAGACUGAUGAAAGGAAAACGUCUCCUCUUCCAAAAUGAACUGACUUUCAGGCCCCAGCAAAAAUCAAAACCCGCUGCCUUUCUGUAUCCCAUCGAGUGUGUUUAUAAAAGACCUGAGGGAUGGGUUCCCCCUUUCCUGAACCCUGGGUCAGGUGUAUCUGAGGGUCGAGGCGGGCUGGUCUUCCACAUGGCACUCCUCAAUGAUCAACUAACAGGAGUAGCAAAAACAAAUGUCAUCCCCAUGGGCUCAUUCAUGCCUAUAUGGGCGGCAGUGGAGCAGAAGUCCCAUCAACCCUUGCUGUUGCUCAUGGAGGAAUGUGUGGCAUCCACAACACCAGAGCUGCAGUCUGGCAGCCAGGUUUACCCCAUCAUUAGCAAUAAGGGGUGUCUUUCGGAAAGCAUGAGGGGAAACUCUGUGUUCCUCCCUCGGUACCACUCGUCUGCAAUCAUCCUUUACCUGCAGUCCUUCAAGUUUGGUCUCGGAGAGGAGGUGUACAUUCACUGUAAACUGGUUGCAUGGGAUCCGGAGGUUUUUGAUGAAAGCAAGAAAGCCUGCCACUAUGUAAAGGAUAAUGGGAGAUGGGAACUACUAGAUGACCCCUUUCAGAGCUCUGUCUGUAGCUGCUGUGAUUCAACCUGCAAGUCCCGCUCCAAAAGAGGAGUUGAAUUGGAAUCCCACGGCUUUAGUCACAAUUCAGUUUUGGGGCCCCUUAUCAUAAUGGAUCCGUCUGACUCAAAGACCCACAAUGUAUCUGGGGUGUCUGUAACUACAGCUGAGUCUCAGGAGGCCCAGUCUAAGAUAAUGGACUCUAUGAACAUGCACAACAGAGGGGCUGAUACUAGAUGACUUCAGACUCAUGACUUGGAAGACAUUGGAACAUAAGUUUUACGUGAUCUCAAUUUAAACUGUUAGCAGAUUAAUCCAUCUUAAACCCUCUGUACAA